AUGGCUGGUUUACCAAGGUCUGAAAUAUCAUUCAGAAGACAGGGUUCAUCAGGUUUGGUAUGGGAAGACAAGCUCUUCUCCGGCGAGUUGAAGCAAACAAAGGCUAAGGAUGAAGAAGACACAGACAAGGCAGAAUCCAUAGACCCAAAACCGGCGAUGCAGCGUAGUCGAUCCAAUGGUAACAAUGCUUAUCGCUCCAUGAACAUCACUCCUGCCCUCGUCGACCCACCGUCUCCCAAGGCGUCCGGUUGUGGUAUCUGCGGCCUUUUCGGGAAGCCGGUUGCAACCCAACCGCGCAAAAGGCGGCGCAACCGUAAGUCAUAG